AUGCAGCUCCUCCGCACCGGCGCCUUUCUGGCCACCAUGCUGGCCGCCGUCAACGCCCAGGGCGUCGGCACCUCGCAGACCGAGACCCAUCCCAAGAUGACCUGGAAGAAGUGUAGCAGCGGCGGCAACUGCCAGACCGUCAACGGCGAGGUCGUCAUUGAUGCUAACUGGCGCUGGCUACACGGAUCCUCCGGCACCAACUGCUACGAUGGCAACAAGUGGACCUCGGAGUGCAAGACCGCCACCGACUGUGCUUCCAAGUGCCAGCUCGAGGGUGCCGACUACAGCAAGACCUACGGCGCCAAGGCCAGCGGCGACUCUCUGUCGCUGACCUUUGUCACCAAGCACGAAUACGGCACCAACAUCGGCUCCCGUUUCUACCUCAUGGAGAGCUCUUCCAAGUAUCAGAUGUUCACCUUGAUGAACAACGAGUUCACCUUUGAUGUCGACCUGUCCACAGUCGACUGCGGCCUCAACGCUGCCCUGUACUUUGUCGCCAUGGAGGCGGACGGUGGUAUGAAGAGCUACUCGUCCAACAAGGCCGGCGCCAAGUAUGGUACCGGCUACUGCGACGCCCAGUGCGCCCGCGAUCUAAAGUUCGUCGGUGGCAAGGCCAACGUUGAGGGAUGGAAGCCGUCUUCCAACGACGCCAACGCCGGCGUCGGCCCCUAUGGUGCCUGCUGUGCCGAGAUCGACGUAUGGGAGUCCAACGCCCAUGCCUUUGCUCUCACCCCCCACGCCUGCACCACCAACGAGUACCACGUCUGCGAGAACGACACCUGCGGUGGUACAUACUCCGAGGACCGCUUCGCCGGCAAGUGCGACGCCAACGGCUGCGACUACAACCCCUACCGCAUGGGCAACAAGGACUUCUACGGCAAGGGCAUGACCGUCGACACCAGCAAGAAGUUCACCGUCGUCACCCAGUUCGAGACCGACAAGCUCACCCAGUUCUUCGUUCAGGGCGGCCAGAAGAUCGAGAUCCCCGCCCCGACCUUUGACGGCCUUCCCAAGAGCAGCAGCAUCACCCCUGACUUUUGCGGCACGCAAUUCCAGGUCUUUGGUGACAAGGACCGCUUCUCCGAGGUCGGCGGCUUCCCCCAGCUCAACAAGGCCCUCUCUGUCCCCAUGGUACUGGUCAUGUCUAUCUGGGACGACCACUACGCCAACAUGCUCUGGCUCGACUCCAGCUACCCUCCCGAGAAGGCCGGCACCCCCGGCGGCGACCGUGGCCCUUGCGCCCAGGACUCUGGUGUCCCCUCCGACGUCGAGGCCUCUAUCCCCAAUGCCAAGGUCGUCUGGUCCAACAUCCGCUUCGGCCCUAUCGGUUCCACCGUCAAAUAA